AUGUCAAUGGGCAUAUUCCGUUUGGCAUGCGAGCACGUGCUUCGUACAAUGCGCCGCGGCCGGGAGACGUUGUUGACGUUGCUCGAGGCGUUCGUCUACGACCCGCUGGUGGAGUGGGGCGGCGUGAAGAAACGCCGCGGGAUGAGACCCGUGCGCGCAGCGCGUGCCAUGCUCGCCGUGCGAGUACGCGAGCUUGAGCACUCCCUCGACGAGAUUACAGAACAAUUUAUGACUAUACUCCCUGAAGUGCAACAAGCCGCCGAGAAAUGGGUUAAAGAAAAUGACGAGUUGAAAUCAAUAGAAACAAAGUUACAGGAUUGUCAUCAACAGAUGGCUUUGAUUAAGGAAAUAGAAGCUUAUGGUCCUAAUCUCAGUAGUCACCCUCUAUACUCGAUCUCACAGAAAUAUACAUCGUACAAACAAGCGAAAAAUGCCGUUGAAGAUUCUAUGAAGGCACUUAUAAAGAUAUUAAAUGACUUUGAUACGCAAAUUGAAAACUUCGCAGCAACAAAUGAAGUAUUGAACGGGCCCCAGUUGAUGGCCUGGGUACAGGAAUUCUCUGAAACAAGUGAAGACGAUGAAAAUUCUAUUUUUGAACACAUAAAAGAAUUCAUGACAAACGCUGGACAAAGUUCUAUGAUAUCGCAAUGCGAACAAGCAGAGACGGAGCUAAAUCAGAGCAUGCAACAAACAAAUGUAUUAGUACGAUCUUGUUUAGAACUGUUAUCGCAAUAUGUAGCUGUCUCGCAAUACUAUCCGCAGAGUCAGACUGAAUAUCACCGAAUUGUAAUGUUCCGCAAGUAUCUGGCUGCAGCAUUAGAGAGCAAAUUACCGGAGGUGUGCCGUGACGUUUCCAAUCAAGUGACAGCUUUGGUCAAUGCGGAUUCCAAUACCGGUGAUACGCAACAAAUUAUAGCAUACAAUUAUCGCUUACAGCAGAUAAAUGCUGACGCAAACGCAAACCUAAAUAAGUGUUUGGAAAGGUUGCAAUUAGAAGGCGGACCCGAUGCCAUUGUAUCAGCACAAGAAGCAUACAAGGAAGCGAAAACUAACAUAAGCAAUUGGGUGAGAUCAGAAGAAGGAGCCGCAGCUGCACUCGAGAGCGUAGUCGUUGGUAUGCUUUGUAAUUUGAAUAGAAGAUUUUUGAUGCUGGAAAAUGGAGCUCAGAGUGCAGGUGAUUGUCUCGUUGACUUAACAUCAAGGGAGGGAGAAUGGUUCCUUGAUGAUAUGAAUGCCCUUUCGAUGCAAGCAGUUGAAUUACUUUCCUUGUUACCACUACAAUCUGCGUCGGUAGAAGAUGCUGCUAUGUCGGUGGCUGUAGAAUGCGUGCGGAAUGCCAACCUUUUGUUAGCUGAUUUAGUACAGCUUAAUGACAAUUACAGCACUAUAAUCUUACCUGAAGCUUUAAAGAAGGUACAUUCCGAAGACCCUUCAGUACUUAUAAUGAUUUCUGAACUGAAUGCUGUCAUUAUGAACUCUCCUGUGCCACUGAAUGAUCUUCUUGCUCAACUGGAAAUGCAUUUCAGAUAUCUUGUAAUGGACAUGGAGUCACCAGCAAGUGGUGCCCAAAUUUUAGCUGCUGAGCUUCGAGCACGUUAUGAAGCUCUGCUCUCAGCGUCAUCUUCAGACUCAGAUAAUCAGUCGGCAGGACGUAUGCUGCUAAUGGGUUUUAAUGGGUUAUUCGCCGCUGUGGAGUUAAGGGCUAGGGAGUUAGCUGAUCAUUUAGCUGCACCUAUACCGCCUGCUUGGAGAAAGAUUGAUCAUAUUAAUGACGCAAUGCACAUGUCGGCGGCGAUGCAGAGCGGGCCGCUGCGCUCGGUGCUUGAGGACAUAUUCGUAGUGCGGCGCGUGCAGACGGUGGGCGAGGCGCUGGGCGCGUGCGCGCAGCUGGCCGCCGCCUUCCGCGGCGCGGCGCCGCCGCUGCUCUGCGACGACACGCAGCUGUGCCGGCCCGUGCGCAGAUUCACCGCGGAGUAUGUAUCACGUUGCGUACUGGGCGUGCAUUCGAAAGCACUGGCUUCCGUCUUGUGUCUACUUUUAAGACGAGCACGGUUGGAUUUAAAUUCUGAAGUUGAACAGAAAGAGAUAGGCGCGUCGUGGAGCGUGUCGCUAGAGUCGCUGUGCGAGAAGGCGGGCGGCGGCGGGAGUGUGGUUGGGGCUCGUGCGACGGAGCGCGCCUCGCAGCUGGCGGGCGCGCUGCAGGCGGCCAGCGCGCGGCUGCAGCGCGCCGCCGCGGGCCAGCGCCGCGUGGCGAGAGCGCGGGCCGCCGCGCGUUCCGCCCGACUGCGCGCCGCCGCGCACGCGCAGCUGCACCGCCAGGUGGUGAACAACAGCCAGGAGCCGAGCCCCAUGCUGGCGCGGCGCGCGCGCGAGCUGGGCGCGGCGGGCGAGCGGCUAGCGGCCGCCUGCAGCCGCGCGCAGGCGCUGCUCACCUCCGCGCACCAGAGGGUGAAAUGGGGAGCGGGUGCGAACCCGGCUCUGCGCUCGGUUGUCCGCGAGCUGGAGGCGGGUUGGGCCAGCAAGCAGGCGCGCGCCAGUCGGCUGGCGGCGGCCGGCGGUGCACUCGCCGGGCACGCGCGCUGCGCCGCUGCGCUCGCCGCACCCGCCGCCGCCUCGCCGCGCGCCGCGCGCACCCUGCGCACCGCGCUCGCGCACUGGGAAAAGGCAUGUACGUUGGCUCAAAAGUAUUCAUUACAAGUAUCGCCUGUUGAAGAGUCAUUAAUGGAGAUGUUACAUCCUGAAGGAAAUAUCGAUACACACUGGGUGGAAACUGUGUCACUGCUGGUACGUGAAUUAGCUAGCGGGUUGAGUGUUGCUGCAACUGAAGCGCGGGAACGCUGCGAUUCCGCAGCGAGUGCGCUUCGUACAGCAGCCGCUCUACUCGAGCCACCAACUGCAGCUCGUGCGCAACUCGAACAAGAGCUUCGCGCGCCAUUACAGGCUGUACAACCUAUACAAGGCAUCACUGAAGAUCCCGCACACGAGAUUUGGACAAGAUGGCGUUCGGCCGGAGAUCUGUUGGCGAAGAUAAUAUCCGAACCGGAAGCUGGGGUAGUGGCCGCCGCCACGACACUUAUACAAGAGUUGCCUGCAUUGCGUGACGCACUCAAAGAACUUCCCAACACGUGGACUGAACAAAGCGGACGCAAGCUGACAAGACAAGUGGCCAUCACAACACCUAAAUCCGCUACGAACUCAAAGCAUGGCGCGGGCAGCGAGCAGCGCAACGCAAUGGGCGCGGGCGUGUGGAAGCGCGUGCGGCUCAAGCUGGAGGGGCGGGACGCGCCGCGCCGCGCGCUCGCGCCGCACGACCAGGUGGAGUAUAUAAUAACGGAAGCGACAAGCGCAGAGAACCUGUGCAUGAUGUACGAAGGCUGGAUGGCGUGGGUGUGA